AUGAAAAAGCUAUAUAAUGGCCGGCGUGUCCGGCGAGGGGAGGAUGGUUUCCCGAUCAGAUUCAACGACGGAGGAAUCGCAACCCUAAUUGUCGGUAUCAUGGUGACUCUGACUUUCCUGCUUUCGGCGGCGUAUCUGCUUUCUGGUAGAGUGUCUGCGGCACCUAGUUCUGCUGGCUCCAAGUCCUGCGAUACGGUAGACCUCGGGUACCAGUGCUCCCCUGCGACUUCUCAUCUAUGGGGCCAGUACUCGCCAUUCUUUUCGCUCGAGGACGAGCUGUCCGUGUCGAGUAAGCUUCCCAAGGAUUGCCGGAUCACCUUGGUACAGGUGCUAUCGCGCCAUGGAGCGCGGUACCCAACCAGCUCCAAGAGCAAAAAGUAUAAGAAGCUUGUGACGGCGAUCCAGGCCAAUGCCACCGACUUCAAGGGCAAGUUUGCCUUUUUGAAGACGUACAACUAUACUCUGGGUGCGGAUGACCUCACUCCCUUUGGGGAGCAGCAGCUGGUGAACUCGGGCAUCAAGUUCUACCAGAGGUACAAGGCUCUGGCGCGCAGUGUGGUGCCGUUUAUUCGCGCCUCAGGCUCGGACCGGGUUAUUGCCUCGGGAGAGAAGUUCAUCGAGGGGUUCCAGCAGGCGAAGCUGGCUGAUCCUGGCGCGACGAACCGCGCCGCUCCGGCGAUUAGUGUGAUUAUUCCGGAGAGCGAGACGUUCAACAAUACGCUGGACCACGGUGUGUGCACGAAGUUUGAGGCGAGUCAGCUGGGAGAUGAGGUUGCGGCCAAUUUCACUGCGCUCUUUGCACCCGACAUCCGAGCUCGCGCCGAGAAGCAUCUUCCUGGCGUGACGCUGACAGACGAGGACGUUGUCAGUCUAAUGGACAUGUGUUCGUUUGAUACGGUAGCGCGCACCAGCGACGCAAGUCAGCUGUCACCGUUCUGUCAACUCUUCACUCACAAUGAGUGGAAGAAGUACAACUACCUUCAGUCCUUGGGCAAGUACUACGGCUACGGCGCAGGCAACCCUCUGGGACCGGCUCAGGGGAUAGGGUUCACCAACGAGCUGAUUGCCCGGUUGACUCGUUCGCCAGUGCAGGACCACACCAGCACUAACUCGACUCUAGUCUCCAACCCGGCCACCUUCCCGUUGAACGCUACCAUGUACGUCGACUUUUCACACGACAACAGCAUGGUUUCCAUCUUCUUUGCAUUGGGCCUGUACAACGGCACUGAACCCUUGUCCCGGACCUCGGUGGAAAGCGCCAAGGAAUUGGAUGGGUAUUCUGCAUCCUGGGUGGUGCCUUUCGGCGCGCGAGCCUACUUCGAGACGAUGCAAUGCAAGUCGGAAAAGGAGCCUCUUGUUCGCGCUUUGAUUAAUGACCGGGUUGUGCCACUGCAUGGCUGCGAUGUGGACAAGCUGGGGCGAUGCAAGCUGAAUGACUUUGUCAAGGGAUUGAGUUGGGCCAGAUCUGGGGGCAACUGGGGAGAGUGCUUUAGUUGA